CGAACCGCCAUGUGUCAUUUUGGCCUCCACAGCAACUCUUCACCUGGGCCCAUCAGCGGUGGCCAUCAGCGGGUAAAGAGGGCAAACGAUAAUCACCUCAUGGGAUCGUGGGUCGGCGCCGAUGCUAUCGGUAAGCCGUCGAGAAGGGACUCUGAUUCAGGGCAUCGAUGACCCGCCACCGGUUGCACGGGUCAAUUCCCACCUAUUGAUGUUAUAGGUUGGCAUUGGGGUCCAGCCGCCCCUCCACAUCGUUCUGGAGGGGUCUACCAUGUCCUUGCAUCUUGCCGAGGACAUUGCUUUCGUACGCUUGCUCGCUGCCUCCGCCGUCGUAGCAGCCCAGUCCUAUGCCUAUCGUUGGACUUCCUCUGAUGAGCCCUCUCCCGUUGUUCUCCAGGUCGUCGAUAUCCGUCGCCGCCAGCUCGCCCACUACAAUUGUUACACGCUCUCUGUUCCUUCGGACCUCACCGUUUCCCAACUGCUUGAUGUAGCUCGCCGUACUGAAGCCACUGCAACUGAGGCCCUUGCCAAGGAUGCCCUCACCCUCUUCACUUUCGACAAUGAGGCCGACGUAGAUCGCUACUUCUAUUUCCAAAUAUCCCCUCCACCCCGCAGCGUCGUGGCCAUCGUUUCAUCCAACGACGACGCCAGGUUCUCCGCAUUGCCCGGGAACUACAGCUGUGAUUCAUGGCUGCAUCAUCGUCUAUCUCUGGUUUUCGCAAGCAUCGCUACUUCUUCCUCCUCAGCCCUCCCUCUCUUUUCCAUUCCCUGUCUCCCGGAGGACGAGAAGACGGAGCUCCUGAAGCUAAGCCAGAACAACGAUCUUCCCUCCGAGGUCACCUUUCCCUGCAUCCAUCAUUACUUCGAAGACAUCGCUCGAACUUCUCCACACCUUCCGGCGCUCUGCUUCCACGAACAUAGCGGUGAAAUCACCACGGUCUCAUACGGGGAUAUGAACAAGCGUUGCGGUGCCCUCGCCGGGUAUCUAGCGUCGUCCCACGGCGUCGGCCCUGGAAUCAUUGUCCCGAUCUUCUUCGCUCGCGGGAUCGACAUGCUUAUCGCAAUCUACGCUGUGCUCAAGGCGGGCGCCUCCUACGUCCCUCUUGAUCCUGAUCAUCCACCUGAGCGGACUGCUGUCAUCUGUAACGCUGUCAAGGCCAAGGUCGUCCUGACGCAGUCCGCAUUACUCGAUGACGUCCGGGGACGUCUCAGCGGGUCGACUGCGGUUAUUGCCCUUAAUGAUGUGCAGUGGCUGGACCAUCCCGAUGUUGAGCUCUCAGGACGGGGCACAGGAGAAGAUCUUGCAUACGUCCUGUUUACGUCGGGUACGACCGGGACGCCUAAAGGCGUCAUGGUGCACCAUACUGCCGUCGUGAACACGACGAUCGACGGACCGCCACUGAACCGAGCCCUUCGCAAGAGAAAUAACCUGCGCACCUUCAUGUUCUCGAAUUAUGCCUUCGACGCCUCCAUCUGGGACAUGUUCAUCACGCUUACUUCAGGCGGGUGUCUUUGUCUCGCCUCAAAGGAGGCAACGAUGGACGACUUGCCCGGAGUCAUGCGCCGUCUCUCCGCAAACUUCGUCAUGACGACUCCUACCGUACUCAGCCUACUCGAAACCGCUGAGGUCCCUUCUCUCGACACUGUCUACAGUUGUGGCGAGAUGCUUACGCCUGCUGUCCGAGACCGCUUCACACAGGCUGGCCUUACACUCGGUAACGUAUAUGGACCUACGGAGACAACCGUAUCAUGCACCUUCGAUGUGGUCGAAGACGGCACGAAGGAUCCUACUAUCAUCGGCAAGCCCUUCGGUUGGAGUCGCGGUUACAUUCUCGACGAUCAGCUCCGUAUGGUCCCUCACGGCGCUGUCGGUACACUUUGGAUCGCUGGCCCCCAGCUGAGCAAGGGUUAUCUAGCUAGACCUGAUCUCACUGAAGCCGCGUAUCGUCCUGACCCCUUUGCGACUGGCGAGAACGUAGGUCAGCUCAUGUACAACACCGGCGAUCUCUGUGCGUGGGUCCAGGAUGGCUACCUAAAAUGCUACGGACGCGCCGAUGAUCAGAUGAAGAUCCGUGGUCAGCGCGUGGAGACGCUGGAGAUUGAAGCGGUCAUCUCGCGCGUUCCUGAUGUUUAUGCCACGUGUGUCGUGAAGCGUGUGCAAGACGGACGCGAAGACUUGGUCGCAUUCUACUGUAUCGAGCCUACUUCUUCAGCAGACAUCCCUGUCGUGGAAAAGGAAAUCGUCGAGACGGUAACUCGUCAUCUUCCGAUCUAUAUGCGACCCUCCACCCUGGUCCAUCUCGAUAAGCUCCCCGUCACGGUGAACGGGAAGGCGGACCGUCGUCAGCUGCGAGCGCGUGCCGCGGAACUCGAAAUCGUCGCCCCUGUCUCUGUGGAUGACUCGUCCGACGAAUCGCGCACAGCCACCGAAGAUAUGGUCGCGGAGUGCUGGUCAACUCUGUUGUCGAUCCCGAUCGAGAACGUGCCCUUGCACCGUGAUUUCUACGAAUGUGGCGGUGACUCAGUAACCAUCAUCCGUCUCGCAUCGGCCCUGCGUGCACGAGGCCUUCAAUUGAAGACCAGCGACCUCCGGAAGGCCACUACUGUCAAAGCACAGGCCGCUUUGGCUCAGCAACGCGGUUCCAACGUGGCAGGCCGCGUCGAGGAGAAGUACAAGCCAUUCUCACUCAUCUCACUGGCCACGGUGUCCCUCGAUUCCAUCGUGGCGUCUAUGGGCUACUCAAAGGACAUCAUCGAGGAUGUCUAUCCUUGUUCUGCGACGGUUUCUGGACUUGUGUCUCUCGCGGCUAGCAAUCCCCAGAGCUACUACGCCCAGCACGCCUUCAAACGAUCUGGACAUUUCGACGCCGUUCGUUUGCACGCCGCUUGGAAAGCAGUCGUUGGACGUCAUCCCAUCCUACGCACUGCGUUUGUCAUUCCUCCAAUGCCUGCGACGGAUAUCCUACAGGUGGUCCUCAAGGCGGAAGCCUCUGAGUUGCAUCUCGCCCACGACCGCGUCUCCAGCGAAGCAGAUCUCGAACGCGUCGUUGCUGACUACUUGGAACUGUCUCGUCUAUCGGGCUUUCAUCUCGGCAUCAUCCCCACUCGUGUCGCGCUGUUCGAAAGCCCUACGUCCUCCAUCAUGCUCUUCCAGAUCCACCACUCGCAAUAUGACGGGUGGAGUUUGCCUAUCAUUCUCAAUCACGUCCAAGAGGCGUACGAGUCUCUGGAGAAGAGUAAGGUUCCCAGCAUUACCAGCCCCUCUUUGCCGUAUAGCGACUUCAUACGCUGGGAGCGUCAGCAGAGCACAGCGACCGCGCUCACGUUCUGGACGAACGAGCUCGAGGAUGCCACACUACUUUCUUGGCCUAAGAUUCCUCACGAUGCCAGCGACAUUGCGACGGACACGCUUAUCACGGCGUCGUGGACGCCUUCGGGUGACCUCACCAAAUUUUGCAGCGAGCGCAAGGUCACGGCGUCGACCCUUAUCCGUCUAGCUCUCGCCGUCGUUCUCGGUAUUCAUGGCAAUACCGAUGAUGUCCUCAUCGGCGUCGUCACCUCAGGUCGUUCAGGAGACCUGGCAGGAGUGGAGAACGUGGUGGGGCCUUGCAUUGCAACACUUCCCUUCCGAAUUCGCCUCCCGCCUGACGCUUCUCUCGACUCCGUCCUCUCCACCGUGCAAGAGCGCUCAACUGCUGCUGCAGCGUACGAGUACAUUGGCCUCGCAGACAUCCUGAAGGCCAGCCCUUUCUCGCGUUCUCUCUUCCAGGUCUUGCUGACCGUGGAGAACAUUCCGGAGCUCGACCUUCACAAUCACCCGCUCUUCGGUGAGGAUGUCCAUGGACAUCAGAUGGAGAUGAAUUACCCGCUCGGCGUCACCGUUUUCCUGCUUCCUGGCAACCGGGGCCUCAAGAUCGAUAUCGAGUACGAUUCACAUCACCUCUCCGAAGAGGACGUUCACUGGUUCCGUUCUCACUUGCUCGCGACACUCGACGCUAUCCUUGAGUCUCCCUCUUCUACUGUGGCCGACAUUGAUAUUGUCACCGAUGAGGAGCGCGGAUACCUCCAGGACGUCGGGAUUGGCCUGACACCUGACCCCGAACUCGCGGCGGAACCAUUCUGUCAUCGCUUGUUCGAGAGGGUUGCGCGCAAGCACCCAUACCGUAUUGCCGUCGAACACACCAGCGGCCAGGAACUCACGUAUGCGGAGGUGGAGGCGCAGGCGAAUCGCGCCGCGCACGGCUUACGAGCGCGGGGUGUGACGGUCGAGGUGCCCAUCCCUGUCCUCUUCAAUAAGGACGCCGACCAGUCUCAGGCCGUCGUCGGUAUCAUGGCGGUCAUGAAGUCGGGAGGCGCUUUUGUCCCAUUGGACGUCUCGUGGCCACUCGCACGACUGCUGUCAUGCAUUCGUCAGUGUAGUGCGCCGUUCGUCCUGUGCGACUCUGAUGUUCCGGAGAUCGCGCGCGAGCUCCCCGUACCCUUCGUCACGGUAGCCGAGCUUGCAAGGCUGCAAUCUCCGGAGGUGUGCAUCAACGAGGAUCAGACGCCUAACUCGUUGGCGUACGUCAUCUUCACAAGUGGAUCUACUGGAGAGCCGAAGGGUGUGAUGAUAGAGCAUCGCAACAUCAUGGGCUAUGUCGCCAACGGUACGACGGUAUAUCCCAUCAAGGACGUCAAACGUCUGCUCCACUUCAGCCCCUUCUCAUUCGACCAGGGUCUCGGCGACAUUUUCAUGGCGCUCACUAAGGGCGCGACGCUUGUGCUCGCGAACAUGAGCGACGUACUCACCGACCUCUCGAAUGUGCUGAACUCGACUCGUGUGGACUACACCGUUCUCACUCCUGCUAUCGCUCAGCUGAUUCGGAAUGACGUCGAGCACCCGUAUCUGAAGAGUCUCCUUGUUGGCGGAGAGAAGCUCCCGGGCCAACUCGUUGACCGGUGGAAGGGCCAGGUUGCGUUUAUGGAUGACUACGGCCCGACCGAAGUUACCGUCUCUUGCGUCGGCAUGACCUUCACCGCGCACACCAAAGCCGCCGCAGGCGUGAUCGGUCGUUCCUACGGUGACACCCGUGCGUACAUCGUGGACACUCGCGACCCCUCGCGCCUCCUCCCUGUUGGGGCUGUUGGAGAGCUCUGCCUCUCCGGCAACCAAGUCGGACGCGGGUACCUCGACCGGCCCGACCUCACCGCUGCGGCGUUCAUCCCUGAUCCGUUCGCCCCUGGCCUGACGAUGUACCGCUCCGGUGACCGCGCGCGGUGGACAAGCGACGGGUUUAUCGAGUAUCUGGGCAGGCAAGACGACGCGUUUGUCAAGCUUCGCGGAUUACGCAUCGAUACGGGCGAGGUCGAGGACGCGAUUACGGGCGUUGGGGAGACGUUUGCGGUUGUGGAGCUACUGCAGCUUCGUGGGCAGCCGCAUCUCGUCACCUUCAUGAGCAGGACACUCGCGCCCACGGGAGAGGCCAAGCUUGAGCUCGCGGAGCCGAGAGAUGAGGAAGAGGCUCGGAAGCUGAAGGCGUGGCUCCAAGAGAGCGUCGCCGCAUGCCGGCAGGCGGUUCCAGUGUAUGCGGUUCCGACGGUGUGGCUGGCGCUCAGGGCGAUGCCACAGAACACGAACUCAAAGUUCGACAGGAAGCAGUUGAAGGCGUUCUACAAGGCUCUCGCCUCCGAGACCAUCGAGAGCUUCUCUGCGGGCCUGACGCAGAGCCAUGCGCCGCGUUCGCCGGAGACCGCGUUGGAGAAGACUAUUGCGAAGGUGUGGAGCGACGUGCUGGGCCGCGAGGCGCAGUCGAUCUCGGUAUACGACGACUUCUUCUCGUUGGGAGGAGACUCGAUCGGCGUCGUGCGCAUGCUUUCGGGCUUGAAGACUCUAGGUUUUGUCAUCUCGCUCAAGGACUUCACGGCGGGACCGACUGUGGCAGAUCUGGCGGUCUACUUUGGCGCGAGCUCAUCUCUGGCGAGCUCGUCGCCUGAUGUCGGAGAGAGCCUUCUUCCUGGACAAGGCAACGGUCUCGUUUGGCAGGUGCAGGUGCAGGAGAAUGGUCAAGGGUCGACACCGCUCUGGAUGAUCCAUGACGGCGGUGGACUUGGGAACGAAUACAAGAACUUGACCUCGCUUUCGCGCGAUAUCCAUGCCAUCUCCAACCCCACCACCACCCUCGCCGAGCUACGCUCUCAGUUCCCCACUAUGGCCAGCUACGUUGCGGCCUACACACCCCUCAUCUCUUCGGCAAGCGAUAUCUUCCUCGGAGGCUGGUCUGUCGGCGGUAUGUUGGCGCUUGCGCUGGCUCAGAAACGUCUAGCAGCGGGACAGCGUGUCCGCGGCGUCGUGCUGAUCGACAGCUUCAAUUCGGAGGGCUGGCGAUACACCGGCUCGCCGCUCGACUCGGAGCAUGGAAAUGACAAGCUGUCCGCGGAGGAGUUCUCGCGCGUGCACCAGGCGCACGUCGAUGGCAUCAUCGGACGGCUCACGACGAAACGGUGCGACGUCCCCGUGUUGCUUGUCCGGGCGGGCAUCGGGAUGGGCGUGCAAGAGAUUGAGCAGGCGGGCUUCGCGGUGCCGUAUCUCAACCGGUCGGCACAGAGGAGUCUGGACAGCGGGAUUGGCGGCUUGUCGGAUGAUGAUGAUCUGAAGACGCCGACGUGUACGAGUCCGGAGGAGACAAACUUCUGGACGAGGUCGGUGCUGCCGCAGUUAGAGGUGGUGACUGUUGAGGGGGCGGACCACUACAGCCUGAUGCGGGACGGAGCGCUUUGCGCGAAGGCGUCUGCCGAAGUUGCGAAGUGGCUUGCUAGAAUCGAGGGACGCUGAGAGUCUUGUGAGCGUGGAUGCCAUCUACCCACUCCUUAAAAAGUAUCGCAGCACGCUCCUUGUUAAUAUCGGUAUCUAUGUAUUUGUUGUUGUAGAGACUAGACUGAGGCGGCAGGGUGUACUUUAUCUUGCCCAUGUGUUGUAUAGAAGUAACCUCGC